AGGCAGCCAAUCAGGAAGUGAGUUUGCUUAGGGCAGAGCUUGCUUCAACCAAUAAGAGAUUGAGUCAAAUUGGGGAUCAAGACGGAAUGGGCAAGGUGGAUAAAGCAACCCAAGUUGAUAAGAGUUUAACUCGAGGUGUGUUAAACUUUAUGUGCAAUCCUAAUGUUACACUUUAUGUACAAUCCUAAUGUUACACUUUAUGUACAAUCCUAAUGUUACACUUUAUGUGCAAUCCUAAUGUUACACUUUAUGUACAAUCCUAAUGUUACACUUUAUGUGCAAUCCUAAUGUUACACUUUAUGUACAAUCCUAAUGUUACACUUUAUGUACAAUCCUAAUGUUACACUUUAUGUACAAUCCUAAUGUUACACUUUAUGUGCAAUCCUAAUGUUACACUUUAUGUACAAUCCUAAUGUUACACUUUAUGUGCAAUCCUAAUGUUACACUUUAUGUGCAAUCCUAAUGUUACACUUUAUGUACAAUCCUAAUGUUACACUUUAUGUGCAAUCCUAAUGUUACACUUUAUGUACAAUCCUAAUGUUACACUUUAUGUACAAUCCUAAUGUUACACUUUAUGUACAAUCCUAAUGUUACACUUUAUGUGCAAUCCUAAUGUUACACUUUAUGUACAAUCCUAAUGUUACACUUUAUGUACAAUCCUAAUGUUACACUUUAUGUGCAAUCCUAAUGUUACACUUUAUGUGCAAUCCUAAUGUUACACUUUAUGUGCAAUCCUAAUGUUACACUUUAUGUGCAAUCCUAAUGUUACACUUUAUGUGCAAUCCUAAUGUUACACUUUAUGAGCAAUCUUAAUUUUACACUUCAUGUGCAAUUUUUAUUUACACUUUAUGUACAAUCCUAACAAAAUCACUUUUACUCUGUACAUGAAUACUUUGUCUUACUGCGUAUAUAUUACUAGUUCUACAUUGUGCUGCUUAAGAAAAAUGUAAUCAAAGAUAAAAUUCUGAAAUAUAAAUUAUCGAAUAAAAAAAAAUGUGAUCACCUAUUGCAUAAAAUAAUUCACAAGAUUGCUUAUGAUCUGAUAAAGGAUAUACAUUGUUUUGUUUUGAUUUUUACAUUGUAGAAAAGUUAAAAGUAUCAAUCACAUGGUACCUAUGACAAUCUUAGUUUCUGUACCAUGUCCCUCACUUGUGAUAGUACAUAUGAUAUUCUUAGUAGCUGUACCAUGUCCCUCUCUUGUGAUAGUACCUACGACAUUCUUAGUUGCUGUACCAUGACCCUCUCUUGUGAUAGUAGCUAUGACAUUAUUAGUAAAUUUCCUGUUUCUGUCCCCCCUGGGUAUCAUUUUACUCAAGUGCACUUAAUCUUUGAAUAAAUUCCAAAAUAACAGAUCCGUAAAUUAAUCAAUAAAACUUUUUUUUAAAGAUUGCAAUAAAUUUUUCUUGUUUUCAGACUACACUAAUAAGGGAGAGAAAUCAGAUUCUGACAGAGAGGACAUGGAGGUCACUGUCCAGACACUGACCAAGGAAAAUGAGCAGCUACUGGAAGACUACAAGCAUCUCAUUGAGGAACACGAUGCACUCAAAUGCGCCCAAGAUGACAUCAAAGUAAACAUUUUCAAGUUUUGGGGAGAAAAAUAUACAUUAAUAAACAAAAAGUUUAAUCAUUUAUAAACAAAUAGUUUAUACAUUUAUAAAAGAAAAACGAAAACCAUUAAAAAUUUCUGUUAACAUCCGGCCAGAAUUUUCAUUUCCUUAUCUUUUUUUUUUUUUUUUUAAUAAUAAUAAAAAUAUUUUUACUUUACAAACAAAAAAGAAUUUUUUUUUAAAUUUCCAAUCAGGCUUGAAGUAAUCUUUUAUGCAGCUUCAGCUAUUAAGAUUGAACUUCUGACAUGAUUCAAACAUCUGACAUGAUUCAUUCUUUGCUUGAGUUUUAAUUGACCCAACCAUGUCAAUAAGGAUAUUUUUUGUAUAAAAAGAUGAAUUCUCUCUUAACAAAAAAAAAAAAGGGCGGGGGGGGUGUAUGUUAUGAAAAUGGAAAAAAAUAUUCACUGAUUCUCUUACAUUUAUUACCCCAAUUUGAUCCUAUAAAGACUUCAAAAAUAUUUUCACAAUAAAACAAUGCCCACCACCCACAUGCAGUCAUCACAACAGAUCAUUCACACUUUGCUAUAAUUGACACCUUGAUUGUAAACCAGUGACAAGUGAAAAAUGUCAAAGAACUUUUGAUUUCAACGUUGCCAUGCCCAUGAUUGCCAUCUAUAUAAAUCCAUAAGCUCAUAGCUCUAAAAUCAAACCCUUGAUCUAGCUUUAAAUUCAUUCAUCUUAGCUGAAGGCAAAAAUGUAAAAAUUCUUAAAUUUGUCAAUUCGUUUGAAUUCCACUGUAACUUUUUUUUUUAUGACGACAGCAUGAAAACGAGCACCUGAAAGCAGAGAAUGCCAGGCUGGAGCAGCAGUUUCGGAGUUUGAAGAAAGAUUUUGACGAGCUACGACAGGUCAAGCUUGAGGCGGCGUCCAGUGAUACCAAACCCAGCUACGGGGAGCUUAAGCUGGAGCUGAUACAAACAAAACAAGAACUGAACAGAGCCAAAGAGGUUUUGCAAGGUCUGAAAAUAUCUUUAUUUCUAAUCUUAAGUGCUCGUUAAUGCAUACAGGGCACUCAAAAAGGAGGAGGUGGUGAGAUAAUACAUCAAAGAAACAUUUAAAAAAAGCUUUUUUUGUGUCCUCUGUGCUUCUGCACUGGAUUUAUUUGUUAACUUAGGUUUUAAAAACACAAUUAAUAAAUGUUUUCCAAAACAAAACCAAAAAAAGAGGAGGAUCUAGCUAUUUUAAAACACUAUCAAUAAUUUCAUCAGGAAAGUAUUGGCUUUUUUUUAAGAUGAUUCCUCUGUGUUACAUCCAAACAGAACACAUUUAACAAAGUUCAUUUCAGAUGCAUUUAGGAAAUUAUUAUUAUCUAUACAUCAGGUAUGAAGAGUGACCGCAAGAGACUUAAAGGGGAAAAACUGGAUCUUCUAAGUCAAAUGAAACAACUCUACACAACUUUAGAGGAAAAGGAAACAGAGCUGCGGGACUUCAUUCGCAACUAUGAGCAAAGGGUGAAAGAGAGUGAUGAUAUGAUUAAACAGGUAAGCUCAUGUAAAUUCAGUGUUGUCUUUUUUUAACAAUAAGAAUGUUAUGGAAAUGUAAGCUCCAUUUAAUUUUAGCCGUCAAAAGGUAUAUUUUUGUUAAAAUUUCAAAUUUUAUAAUAAUAAUCACAUUUUCUACAUUUAAAUUUUGCAUAAACUGUGAUCCGAAAAACAUUAACAUAAUUAGUUGUUUAAAGGAGAUAUAUUUUUGGAAUAAAAGGACGUAAUAAAGAAAUGAUUUAAGAAGAAAUAAUGGCCUGCCACAUUUUGAGCUUCAAAAUCCAAUUUUUUCUAAAGUUCUAACAAAAUAUUUUGUCAAUAUUUUUAAAAUCAAUACUCCUCAUUAGCAUUUUGGCUUUAAUUCAUAUAAUUUGUUUUUUUCUUUUUAAAACAAAGUCAAGCUGAGUAAAAAAAUGUUUAAUGAAGUAGAGGAAGUUGCAAGGAGACUCAAUGCAUAUGAAAUGUUUUAUUAAUGUUCUAUCUGUAAAAUAAUUUACAUUUAAGGCUAGGGAUAAUAGGACAAAGUGUUGUCAAAAAAAUCUUGGUAGACUUCAUAUAAUUUGUUGUAGAAAACCCAGACAAGUUUGUAAUUCCUAAUUUAAAAUUUUAUUUACUACUCUAAAUUUCAAACUCAGCUGGCCAAAGAGAAAGAAGAUGUGGAAAAUGACAAAUGGGAGAUAAUUACUAAAGCUAAAGAUGCAGCAGAGAGAGCAAUGUUUCUUAAGACUCAGCUUGACGCCAAAGAACUAACUUUGAGAGAAAUAGAGUCACAGCUUAAAGAGGUUUGUAUCUCCAAUCAUUUUAUUUUAGGCUUUGUACAGCUAUUAUAAUUUGCCAUGAAGAUUCAGUUUAAUUUAUCUAACACCUGCACUUGUCAAAGCAGUUAAAAAAUUUAGAAUAAAUACAACUUGUCAAAACUUUUUUAAAAGUAUCAACUAAAUCUGUGUCAAUAACUGAACUAUCUAGUUAACAUUAAAAUCUCAAACUUUCAACAUUUUUUUAAAAACCAUUUCUUUGCUCAGUGAUUGCAUAUCUGUAAACUUUCUUAAACAAAAUUAAUAUCUGCAUACGUGGAUUUUGUUUAUUGGAGUUUGUAUUUUUAUAUGUAGUCAUCAAAGCAAUUACUGAAUAAUAGCCUGCAUUCAUAAAUGCUGAAUUUUUCCUACUUAGAACAUUCUAAUGCUCUAAAAUGGAAGAGAUUGUAAGAAAUAAUUGUUUUUUCUUAAAUCUUGGCAUAAUUACCCUUAUUUCCAACAUAUAAAUAAAAUAUUAUUUUAUUUAAGCAGGCAGAUAAAAAAUUUCACAAUAUAUUUGAUUAAAGCUUUCUAGGGUUUUUCUAACAUUGAGUAACAAGAAAAUAAUAAUAUAUUAAUUUUUUUAGGCACAAGAUCAACUUUCUAGUCAAGACAACAACAUCUCUUCAACCACAGGGCCGACAGGAAAUGGGGAGACAAUCAUCACUGAUAUUGAUGAUGAUAACUUUGCACUUGCUGAAGACAAUGGAUUCUCCACCAUGGAAGAAUCCUCUGUCCUUAACUGUACCUUCCAAGCUGACCAGGAUAAUGGAGCACCAAGUAGGCAAUUCAAUUUUUUUUAUCAAAUCAUAGGAACUGCUACAUUGACAGUAAGGCGUAUCUAAAAUGUCUGAAUAGAAUAACAAUUGUUUAUAAAAAUACUUAUAAGGAAUGCAUGGACAAAUUAUAUGCAUAUGUAUAUAUAUAUAUUACAGGAUAAUAUUUGGAUAAAAAUAACUUGAAAAUUUAUAACAAUCCCAUAACACUAGGACUUAAUAAGGAAUGUUACAUUUUUAUAGAUAAGAUAUCACACAAAGGUUUGGAAGAUACUGGAAUUUUUGUCAUUCUUAAUUCAUAUUAAAUGGAAGCUAAGCAAUUCAAACUGGUUUUGCAAGGUGAAUUCUAAAUAUGUCUGAAUCUAUUCUCCGAUUUAUUCUUAGUUAUUUUGCAAUGUUUUGUUUUUGAAUAUUUCAAAACCAUCUAUGUCUUAAUAUACAUUUAUUGUACCAGAACAAAAAAAAUAAAUUUUAUAACAUGUAUUAACUCAUGGUCAUGCAAUUAAUUUCCCUUAAUUAUUAGGACUGUAAUUAUUUUAAUUAACUUAAAUACAUAUUUUAUAAUAAUAAUAAGGUAUAAGUGGGUACCUAAUCUACAAAAUAAAUAUACUUCACAAUUAAUUUGUAAAAUGAACAUUUAUGUGAUACAAUUUUUUUCUUCACUCACUUUACCUGCUCAGUUCUAAGUACAAGCCCUAUAAGCACUGCAGACUCUACAGACACAUCCAGUCUAGUCUUCAGGUGGUUCACCCAAAGUACAGAUUUUGAGAUCCCUCUGGAGUCAAAACCUAGUAAGAAGAAAAAGAAAAGUUUCGGAUCACUUUCGCGAGUUUUCAGCAAAGGAAGAAUGAGACGAUCAAUAGCUGUUCCUCAUGCUGACAGUUUAAUUUCAGAUGGUAUGUUAUUUAUUAUAAUUGUUAUGAAAUUAAAAGAAAUAAAAUAUACUAACAAUUUGGUUGCAAGGAAUUUGAAUCCAAUUUCUUUUUAAAUACUUAUAAUACAUUUUGUAAUUAUAUUAAACAUAAGAAUUCUAGAAUAUCAUUUUGAUUUGCUUUCAAAUUGUUUUAGUAUCAUUUCUCUGCUCAUGUAUAAUUUUACCUGCAGAGCAUAAUAUUUUUAAUUAAAUAAACUACUGAAAAUUAAUAGUUGAAUAUUGAUUUCAUAUCUUAUGGCCUAAGAAAAUGAUAAAACAUCAGGUUUGACUAGAUAAAACAAAUUCAUAAAGCAAAUUCUUUUUGCAAACAAGUUAAUUUUUUUAAAAUUCUCCCAUUUUCAUAGAUACUUGCCCUAAGCUCUGCGUAUUAAGCCAGGACAACUACCAGGAGAAACUGAACACCAUAGAAAAAAUGGUGGGUGUCCACAUGAAGGAAUGGAGGGCACACCAGGUCUUGGCCUGGUUGGAAAUCACUCUGGCUAUGCCCAUGUAUGCACAAAACUGCCUUUCUAAUGUAAAAAGUGGAAGGGUAAGACAAACUCUUAAUUUAUGUCUACUAUAUAAAAGAGAAUCCAGUAAGUUUAAGUCCAAAAACUGCAUGUGCAAAAAAAAAAACAGAAAUGAAAAGAAAAACUUACUGAAAGGUGGUUAUCCCUAAUAGUCAUAUGAUCAGCUAUUUUUCCAUUAAAAAAAUCAUUACCCAAAUUUCUUUAGUUUUCCUCAAAUAUUUCACUUAUAUUAUUACCCAAACUGUAUCCAUAGAUUCUCCUUGGCUUAAGUGACAGUGAAUUGAGUGCAGCAUUGGGAGUCACCAACACAAUGCACAGAAGGAAGCUUCGAUUGGCCAUUGAACAACACAGAAAUCCAAAUGAAAUGUAAAUAAAUAAUUUAAAAUUAUCACUUUUAUACAGAUAUUAACCUAAAUAACUAGUCUUAUUAAAUUUACACAAAUGCACUUUGUAACAAUGUUGUCCUAAAAAUGUACAUUUAAACCUGGAUUCUACACUAGUUUUUUUUGUUUCAUUUCUGAUUAUGGUAUUAUUAUUAUUAUUAUUAAAGCAUUUUUGUAAAGCGCUUACCUUACAGCUCUAAGCGCUUUACAAUUAUUAAAAAUAUGUAAACUAUUUAAACUGCUAAAGUAAAAGAAAAAUGAAAAACCAGAGACACUAGAAUAGUAACUGCAAUGUGAAAAAUUACUAUAAAAACAGUAGCUAAAACAUUAAAAUGGCUAUAAAAACAACUACACUUUCGCACGUUUUGGCAUAUUCUUUGGAAAAAAAAACAUAAAUACAGGAUCAACCCAAGACAGAAAAUGAGGCAGGGCAAGGAGGGUGCAUCACAGGUCAUAGGCGGACCUAAACAGAUUGUUUUUAAGGGACUUUUUGAAAGUGGACGAGGUUUCACAAUGAGGGAUGUGGAAGGGGAGCUGGUUCCAGAAUGUGGGCGCAUGGAAGUAGACGGAGCGUUCACCGGUGGUCUUAAUUUUGGUUAUUGGGAUUGAGAGGGUUCUAUUGUCAGUUGAAGAGUGAAGUUGUCUUGUGGGGAUGUAAGGAAGCAACAGUUCAGAGAGAUGGACAGGAAAGUGAGGGUCAGCGAAAGAGUUGAAGCAUAGAUUGGGAUACAUUUACUUUAUCUAUUUCCAGCAAAUUCUUAAAGGCAAGUGAAAUGGAUCCCACCUGGAUUGCCCACAGGCUUCUGCCAGACCUUGGUCUCCCCCAGUACACUGAUAUAUUUGAGGAGCAACUUUGUGAUGGCCAUGUAUUAAACACAUUAACCAGGAGAGAUCUUGAGAAACAUUUUUCAGUUCACAGAAAGUUUCACCAGUCUUCCAUUCUUCAUGCCAUUGAACUACUUAGGCGGAUCGACUUCAAUAAAGAGGUUUGCAGAAUUGUUUGACAGUGAAAUAUUCAUACUUCCAGAGCUUUACAGAAAUUGAUGAAGUGGCCCUGACAUAAGAUAUAUUUUAGGCCCUCAAAAGAUUUUCAAAGGGAAAAAUAGUUUUUAAUUGUUUAAUUUUUAUUUCUCUCAAAAUAUUGCAUUCAAAAUAAACAAUUUCAUUCAUUAGGGAUCAUUUUUAUAUUUUGAAAUUUAGAAUGUUAUCUACAGCUGAUCUUUUAAAAGUUAAGUGUCCCAAUGCAGACAUGAGGCCUCCAUGGAAAUAAGACCUAGGCCAAAUGACAUAACUGAUUCCCAGCAUUCAGAUGAAAAUUCAAGUUACUUCUUUAACAAUACUAAAAGGAAUUUGCCAUCAAUUUCUUGAAUACUACAUGUCACAUAACUCAUGAAUUGUUUGAAUGCCGCUAUAUGCUGUGUUUUAUUUCCUUUUGUAAAAUUUUAUAUUCAGAAAUUAUACCAUCGCCGAAAUCAGUGUGAGGACAAAGAUGUUGAUUUAAUUGUAUGGACAAAUGAAAGGCUGAUGAAGUGGACAAGAACUAUUGAUUUGGGAGUAAGUUAAUCUACUUGCAAAAUAAAAGCUAUGAGUUUUAAUGUUGAGUAUUUUAUUAGUCCAUUAAGGAAAAAAAAAAAAAUUUUUUUAAAUAUUUAAAUGUCAAGAUUUGAAAUUUAAUCUUACAUUGUUUGUUGCAACUUUUUUUUUCUUCCAUAAAUGAAAAUAUAUCUAUGGCUAAAUUGUUUGUUUUAAGAUAAAUGUUGAUAUAAUUGAAAGACAAUCGUGAACUAUUUUUGGUCUAUAGUGUUUAUAUCUGGUAAUUGAUGUAAAACAAUUAUUACAGGAGUAUAGUGAGACAUUGGUAGAGAGUGGAGUGCAUGGAGCACUGAUGGUUCUUGAACCUUCCUUUAAUGCCGACACACUGGCAUCUAUUCUUGGAAUUCCACCUUCUAAAUCAUAUAUCAGAAGACACUUGGCUUCAGAAUUAGAAAACAUACUGAAACCAGCAAGGUAUGACACUACUUAUAAUAUCUCUUCUUUUUCAUUAACUUGGACAAUUUUCUUAGAUAUUUUUAAUCUAAGUAUCUGGUGAUUGCUACAAUUAGAUGUACUUAUGUUACCUUUUUGAUUUGUCCUCCUAUAUCUGUUUUGAGUGCACCAAGAUUAUUCAUUAAUUGAUAUAGUCAUUUCUUGCUGUUUUGAGACUUAAUAAGGUUUUUUUCAGUGCAUGAAGAUAAACGGAUGCCAACAAUUCAGUGCAUCUCAAUGUUUAUUUAAAUCAAAAAUAAAUUUAUGAAUUUGUCUUUUUAGUUGUAAAAAAUUUCCUCAUUACAUUAAAACUAUAUAUAAAAUUACAAUACAAUGUGCUUUUCUUCUUUAAUAAUUUCUCUAUUUUGUAUUUAUGCAGACCUAGUUGUUAAAUACAGUUUUAUAUAAAAGUGACUUUUCUUGUAAAAACAGAAAUUUUUUAAUGUCAUAGAUGUUUGAAAUUAUCUGUUAUGAAUGUAGGCCUAUCUUCUAAACAUAAAUGUUUUCAGGUCUUACCAAAAAGGAAUGAAAAUUUUGAGGUACACCAGACAGUGUUAUCCCCCCUUUCAUUUUCUUUCACUUCAUUUUCACAAAUUCAUUAUCAAAAAAGAUUUUGACGACUUUUGAAAUGUUCAUCAUAGAUGCAAUUAAUUUUUUUUUAAUAAUAAUGCUCAAUUUGCAUAUCUUUUAGCCAAGAAUUAAAAAUUGUUAUGAUUAUUUUCCUUUUAAAAUGUGCUCGAUAAAAUAUAAUUACAAUUAACUAUUAACAAAUCGGGAACCACAUAUCCCACACAGUCAACAUGUAUAAUAGAUUUCAAAGUUUAACAACCCUGAUAUCAAGGUAUAUUUAAUUUUCCCACUGAGCAGUCUAAUUAUGUUUCCACUUUAUCUUGACUUAUUCAAUUUUGUAAUUUUUUUUUUUUUUAAUAUUCUCUACAACAUUGAUUUCUCAUAUUAUUCUUGCACUGAUUUUCUAGUUUUAUCCUCACUAUGUUUGAAUCCUAAAGAUAUUUUAUGUCGUAAUGUGACAGUCUUAGAUAUUAUUAUCUUUCUGGUAAAAAUCACAAGUUGUAGUAUAGUUUAUAUUCCAUUUUGAACCAAAUUCCACCAAUAUUUAAUCUUGAACCAAAUUCCUCCAGUUUCUGUUGUUCAUGAUUUGUUUUUAAGUCUUUGCAAACAUAUUUUAUUUGCUUACCAUUAUUUUUUGAGUGUUCAUAAUUAAUUAUUUAUGAUUUUGAUGAUUUUAAAUUUCAAUUUUAAAUUUCCUUUUCUCAGGAUUUUCUUGUAUUAAACAAACUCUUGCCAACGUUAACAAAAAAAUUUUUAUCUGAAGUCCUCACUGAUUAUUGAUAAUUUUAUUGAAAAAAAAAAAAAGUUCAUAAAUAUUUUUAAAAAAUUUUUAAAUUGUUAAUUCUUUUAAAUUAAAACUGUGGUGGGGCUUUUUCUGUUACAUUUAUGACUUUUUGAGUGUAAGUAUAUGCAUUUAAAUUAAAUUUAUAUCAUUUUUUGGAUUUUAAACAAAUGAACUUUUAUAGGCACAAGGUUUCUGUUAUUUUUAUCUAGCAUUAAAUAUUUGAUAUGUAUAAUUAUAAGAAUUUAUUUUUAAAUUCUGCCAUAUUGAUUUGAAAGAAAAAAUUUCCCAGGAAUUCACGUAAGUUAAAUUUUGUUUAUUUUGUUCAUUUCUUCCAUUCAGAGCUGCCCUAGACACAGCAGAAGGGAAGGGAGGUGACAACAAUUCCAACAAACACAGUUCUAUCAGAAGUCGCAAAGGUUCUCAGGACAAAAGUCUCCGUGUUGUUGAGGACAAAGGUCGCAGGAAGUCAGCAGAGGAAGGAAGGUCGAGACUGAGUUUUAGGGUUUGUGAGAAAUUUGACAUUAAGUCUGGUGGAGGUGUUUCCUUAUAUUUAUUUCUCACAAUCUCUUUAUGCAUGCUAUAUAAACACCAGACAUGUCAACCUUGAAAAAAAAAGGUGGGGGGAGUAGCAAAUUUUGGGGGGAAAGGAGGAGGAAGAAAUUUUUUAGGUAACUAAACUAAAAUUUAAGAAAUCUUAAAUGUUAUAUUCAUAGGUAAUUCGUGACCUAUGGAGUAUUGCUAUUAUAAAGUUUUGUUGUCUUAUUCAUGAAAUAACCAAUGCAAUAGACUUAUUAACAUUAAGACAUUGGUUGCAUCUACUUUCUUGUGCAAUUUAUUUUUAAAAAGCUUUUAAAAAAACUAACCAUUACUUGUGAUGCUUUGGAUACACAAAGGGCAAUAAACUUUGGAACUUGUGGGGCAUGACUUGUCUGAAGGCUUUGGUAAUCUGGUGAAGCAUUAGCAUGCAUUUGUUCUUUCUUUAAAAUUUCUUACGCUCAGUGUUCUUUUAUCCUUGUUUUUAUUUUGCUCAGUGUUAUUUUAUCCUUGUUUUUAUUUUGUAAUUCUUAACACCUCAAAGAAAUGAAUUGUUUGUUGUUGUUUUUUGUUAUUUUCCUAACAUUUUAACAUGUCUGAAAAAAUUCUUUAAAUUUUCAAUUAAUACUUAUGAAGAAUUUUUAUUAAGUAUGUAACUCAUACAUUGCAGUAUUUCAGGUUGUAUUUGUUCUUUAUUUAAUAUAAAGCUUUGCUAGCAUGCCUCUUUGCCUUAAUUUCUCUUAUGUUUUUGUUGUUUUCAUGUUAAUAACCUCAACGUCUCAAUUUCUAUUCAUGCUUACAAUUCAAUAUCUCAUAAGAGUGAAAUAGUUAGACCAAUUUGAAAGCAAAUUUAUUAAUAUUUAAUAAUUUUAAAUGAUAAUUUUUCUCCUCUGUAGUUUUACUAAUGCUUUAAUUGAUAUUUGUUCGACUGUGGUUUUACUAAUGCUUUAUUACACUUUCCUCAAUCUAUUGCCUUACGGCCUUUCAAGAAGCUGUAUUAGGUCCUUACAGACAUAUAAAAUAUAUAUGAUUUCAAAUUAGCCAAUACUUUUUUUAUUAAUUUUGACAAUUUAGGAAUAUUUCCUAUUUACAAAUGUUGUAUUUUAAGCUAAAGUUUUGAUGACCUAUGCUCUAAGAAUGAUGAUCUAACAAAUUUUAAUUGUGCAUGAACAAUAAUUUAUUCACUCUUUGAAACAAAUAUGCCUACUGAACAAAAAAGCAGAACUGUUAUCAUAAUUUUGCAAGUGAUAGUGUAUUAACAUGAAGUUAUUAAAAUUUACCUAACAUUUAUUAUCAAUAAAUUCAUAUAAAUAACUAAUAAUUAUCAAACAUACCCAAACCAAUCUUUAACAUAUAAUGUGAAACAAUCUUUUUUUUUUUUAAAUAACAGUCAGAACAAAAUUAAAAAAGGAUGUAAUUAAAGAAGAAUAGGAUUUCUUUUAAAAGUUUGAAGAUGGUUGGUCAGAACAAGCACAUCUAAGUCACUAAACUAUAUUAAAAAAACUAUUUGAAUUAUUAGAAUAAAAAAAGACAAUAAUUUGGAUCUUAGACUCUAAAAUAUCACUAGAGUGAAUGAGUUAACAAUAAAAAGUCCUAAAAAGCAUGAGCUAAAAUAACCAUCUAACAAAAGUUUUUAACUUGUCACGUCAUGUCUACUGUACCAGAACAAAAUUGUUUUCAUAAAAGUUUUUUUUUUUAUUUCAGGGCUCUCUUGGCAGAGCUUUUGGGAAGAAAGUACGAGAUGACUUAAAGACAAAUUUCGAAUCAGACACAACUCGAAUGAAGAUUUCUGGCCCAAUCCCCAUUCAACAUUCAAGUCUUUCGUCCUUAGACAAUGAUUCCGAGUUAGUUAAAAAGGGGUUUUGUGUCAAAGAUCCCAAAAAAGAUAUUUAUAACUGUCGACCGAUCAAAGACCCAAAGAUUAAUGGACUUCUUGAUCAAGACCUCAGGAGGUUAUGUUUGACGAGGUCCGAUCAGGGUUUGAACAGAAGUCUAGAUUUAGGUAUUUUUAACAUUAAUACUAAGGAAGCUGAAAGACUAAAAGAAAAUAAAAACAAAAGCCAGGAUUUGGGAGCAUUAAUUUCAGAAGGCAAAGUUAAAGAAAAAAAAGAUUUUGAUAAAUCUUGCCAGGACAUUAUUAAAGAAGGUGUUUUAAUUAUGUCAGAUGGAGCAGAAAAUGGGAAAUCUUCAGUCGGUUCAUCACAAGAAACUCUCACAGAACAAUCAGAUACAAAGGAAAAGAAUAACAACAAUAAACCUCCUUUACAAAGUAGGGUGAUAUCUCACCAGUCAAUGCCUGAGAUAUCCAAAAAGCCUCCAGAUGGUACUUCUCAGGCUUCUCCCAAACAAGGGUUGAUUUCCAAAGCUCUGAACAGAUCUUCGGCUACAGUCAAACCUUCUGUAAAAAUUUCAGGAACCAACCACUUUAAAAGACACAGCAGUUGGGUUGGGGAGAAUAGAUCUGGGCAGCAAACAAUGGUAGGUCUUCAGCCACCAGAGGAGCAGUCAAAGAGACACAGCAGUGGGAUCAUGGAGCAGGUAAUGAAUAAAGAUCACCUUCAAGAAUCUAUGAGCACUGGAAUGAUAGAUGGGAAGGGUGGACUCAAAUUAAGGGGAUCUCUCCAAGGCCUUUUCCCACAGACUACAUCUGUGUAGCUGGCAGAGAAAGACAGUUCAUUUUCUAAAGCAUUUCAACCCAAUGAUUUUUUUUUUCGAAUGUAUAUAUUUUGUGCCAUAGAUUUUAGUUAAGUUAAUUAGCUUUUUCUUUAAUGUUAUUUUGUUCUUAUCUAUUUUAGUUUCUAGUAUCACAGAUAACUAAGAAGCAUUUUCCUUGGUAAAAAGAUUAAAAUAUCAAUAACAUUCAAAAGGCAAACAAACUUCAUCCUCUAU